GUCUAGAAGAGCCAAGGUGGAUAAUGGAAGAGCCAGGGAGGGUACUGGAAGAGCCAGGGAGGAAACUGUUAAGGCAAGGCAGGCGAAUAAACAGCAUUAUGACUCCCAUCAGGAAGAUGAUAGUUUACCAUCGCGGUACAAACCUUUACCAUACCAAGGCUGGAUCGGUGAAGAAGCACAAUACGCAAGAUAUAAACCUCCGGGGGAAACCCACUCACAAGACGAUAGCGUCCCAAUGAAAUAUAAGCCUACCCCAUUGUUGGACAGCAGAUUAGCAUCAGCCGAUCCCGAUUUGUGUCUCACACCAGAAAAGUCGGACAAUUUGCGAAAUAAAAUUAAAGAAAAUGGUGGACAAUCAAAACAUAGACAAGUCAAGUUUUCCUUGGGUGAACAAGCAGGCCAAACACUGGCAAGUAAAUCAAAUAAAAAACCCAGUCAUCUAACAGAGGUGAAAUCAACUGUGAAUAAGGGCAAAGAGAACAUUGCCAGAUCCGACUAUGAACCACCAUUAUCUAAAACUUACCAGUAUGUGUGUCAAGGUAAUACCAGCAAAACAAAUCAAAAUGUUAGAAUUAUAAAUGAAAAAGUUGCCAAGAAAACUGAUACUGGAACAAGCAAUAAAAUCUCAGACUCAAAGGAAAGCCUUGCUGAAAGAGGCAAAACUGGGGAGAAAUUAUGUAAAAAUCCUCAAGGCUAUCAAUUUCCAUUUGAAACUAGGUCAUACCUGAAAAAAGAUGUUUUAUCAGAAUUGCCUGAAAGUGUCCUCACAAGACCUGAAUAUAACACAAGUGUGAAACUAAAGAAAGAAAUUGAUGAACUUAAGUCUCGCGAGUUGACGAUUACAGAUAGCAUCAUUAAGAAAGCAACAACUUCUAAAGUGAAAGCACGAGUUGAGGAAAAAGUAUCGAAAAAAUUAAAUGCCAAAACAGCUGGUUUCCGAUCUUUAACAUCUGUUGAGGUUCCGGGAGAUGAAUUCCUGGAAGCUGUAGCUUAUGAACAGGCAUCGAGAGCAGCACAGUUAAAAUCUGACGGGAAAGCCGCAAAAACUAGCUCUAAGCCUAAACCAAGUCCCCCAGACCUCAUGGAAUUCUUCAGCUCAGAUUUACAGAAAGAUACAGCAAGUUGGAGUCUAGGGGAACCCCCUAAGCCCCAUAAACUCCGGACAGCACCGUUUGAAACUGUGGAUAUAUAGGCAUAUUAGAUGUUGGGAGAAUUUGUAGAUCACAUAACUAAUUUUGACAUCUGGAGUUUAAUUAUAAAAACUUUCUGGAAACCCUGUAGACUAAAUAUAAUUUCAUGAAUGAUAAAUUAUGCUUAUACAUGUAAUUUUAAAUUAUGCAUUUUGCAAUUGUUGGUUUUACAAAAAAUAUAGCAGUGGAUAUGUUAUAACAUACUGUAUUUCUUAAUUUGGCGGCCUUUGUUAAAGUUCGGCAAAUUAAGUUGCCACCAAAUUCCUAAAGGAGUGAUAUCGAUAUGGUGAACUUUUUGACACGCAUUUCUAAUAAACCAGUCAUCAAA